GCGGCCGAUCGCCCGAUCGUGCUGCUCGAGAGGAGCGGUGAGGCGUGCAGUCGCGACCGUCAACUCCGGGCCGCGCGCGGUGUGCGACGCUCCGGCGGCCACAGGGUUCGGUGGAAUGUGCCGGCCGGCCGGCUAGGCCACCUCCGUCAGAGACGUGCCGCCGACGUGAGCAGCGGGGACGGAUCGGCAGUGGCGACGCUGGUGACUGUGCCGAGACCGCCGGUUCGCUGCUGACCCCUGGGGGACUGUGGCAUGGAGAAGAGGUUCGACAAGAUGGAGAAGACGAUGGAUAAGGUGGAGACGAGGGUAUCGCAGCUGGCCAACUCGACGAUCCGCCGCGCGCCGAUGCUGGGGCGCAAGAUCACGCGCCGCCUCUCCAUGGUGACCCGAGUGCCUUCGCUGCUGGUCAACCGGAACUACCAGGUGACCGGAUCGCGCGAGUCGAUCCGGAUCAGGCCGCCGCGACCCAAGAAGGUGCGCUCGUUCCACGUGACGGUGGUGCUGCCCGACGAGACCCAGCGCACGCUGAUCGGAGACACGCGACAGACGGUGCGGGACCUGAUCUCGCACGUGCUGCUCGAGUUUCGGGUGGAGGAGCCACUGCUCCGCCUGGGGGACUCGCUGGCCGAAGCCGACCCGGAGGCCGAGGCGGCGCUGCUGGAGGGCGAGACGCUGAUCGUGGAGGAGGGCCGGCUACAGCACCAUCCGCGCGCAGCGACGUAG